GGUUGUCUUUGGCAGGAUACAGGAGGGGUGGGCCGUGGCCUCCUCCUGCGCAGUUAUGAGCGGAUGCCUUUCAGCGCCUAUCACUGCUGCCCGAUAGAAGUCUUUCCCACAGUCUGGGAAACAGACCAGUGGGGAUUCGAGCCGGCAGCCUCUUGCUCCCUAGACAAGUUUGGGACCCUCCCCGUCCCUAAGAGUUUGGGACCAGCUUACCCGAGAGAGAGCCUUGCCCCAUAUGCCCCGACUCAGACUCUGAGGUCUUCCUCGGAGGCCGAAGGAGUUGGGAUGGGGGCUGCUCGGGAGAGGCCUUUGCUCCGGGACGGCACCCCAGGGAGACCCGCCUGGCACCCUCGCUUGGUCCUCCCAGACGCCAGCCGGGGAAGACCUUUCUGCUCGCGCAGAGAGACUGUUUCAAAUGGAUUUUUACAAGCGCUUGGAAAUGUUUUUGUUUCCUAUGUCCUGUUGUGAUUUGUUUGUUUGUUGGUGUUUGCUUUAGCUGGAUGUUUUCACUGUGGUGAGCUGCCCAGAGGACCAUUUCUUAUGGGGCAGUGAACAAUGCUGACCAUUGCUGUGGCUGGGGUGAUUGCUUACGUGUUGUGGCUAUGGGUGGGCCUGCUUGUUUUGUGGCUGCCCGGAGAGCAGAAAACCCUGGAGGGGGUCAGGGCAGGGGGGCCCCGUCAGAAAUCCGGAGGUUUCCGAGGUGGGGCCUGAAGUGAGGACUGCCAGCCUUUGAGAGUGGGGUGGGGGUUGCCCAAAGAGCCGGAGGGGGGCCUUUGCCACCCCGAGGCCUCCUGCCCGCCUGCCCCCCUUCUUCUUCCUGGAGGGCAGAUGAGGGCCCGGAGCGGCUCUGCUUUCUGGCUGCCCCGGCUAAUCCCAACCGGCUGAACCGGGCCAUGAGUGGUGGCAGCAGCAGCAGCAGCAGCAGCGGAGGGCGCCCCACCCAGAGAAGGCACCUCCUCGGGUCCUGGGCCAAUCCCCAGCGGGCGGGCCAGGAGCUGGGUCAGGUUUCCCGGAGGGCGCAGCAGAGCAGGCGAUAAAGAGCCCGAGGCCCCGGUGGGCCCAGGCAGUGGCUGGCUCAGGCAUGGCGGGGUGCAGAGGCCUCUGCGGGGUGGCCCUGGCUGCACUCUGGCUGGCAGCAGCCGCGGUGGCGGCAGUGCCCAGAGGCGCCCAGGACGACCCGGAUGUCAUUGGGGUGCCCAACGGGGGCCUCAGGGGAGCGUGGGCCUGGCAGGACAGGUGCCCCGAAAGGACCUAUGCCACCGGCUUCAGCAUCAAGCUGGAGGCCUAUCGGGGGAUCCCUGACGACACGGCCCUGAACGGGAUCCGGCUGCACUGCACGCCUGGCAGCCGCGGAGACCGCCACGAAGCCCGGACCGCGGAGUCCCAGAGCGGCAGGUGGGGCCGCUGGUUGGAGCCCGCCUGGUGCCCUGAAGGCACUUACCUGCAGAGGUUCUCCCUGCGGGUGGAGGAGCCCCGUCCCGGCCUGCAAGAUGCCAUGGGGGCCACCAACGUCCGCUUUGCGUGCUCGGGCGGGCAGAACCUGGAGGGCCGCGGCUUGGCCUGGGGGGAGUAUGGGGCGUGGAGCCCCCCCUGCACCAAGGGGCUGUGCGGGAUCCAGACCAAGCAAGAGAUGGCGCUGGGGCCCCUGAGCGAUGACACCGCCCUCAACGACGUCCGCUUCUUCUGCUGCACCCACUGAGGCCCCCUGGAGGGACGAAGCCCCCCAGCCCAGCCCAGCCCAGCCCCCCAACCGCUUGGAUAUUCAGCACCGGAGCCCUGUCGUCGUCGUCGUCCCCUGCCCCAUCAUAGCCACAGCACCGCUCUGGGCAGGACCCCCGAAGCAGCCUGUUUGGCUAAGGGCAACCACGGAGCGACCCCAGGGAGCCCCCUCCCAAGUGCUUCCCCAAUCCCCCUUCUGCUGCUCCCCCAGGUCUCCCAAUGAGCCCCCAUCUGUCUCCAAUCACAAUCCUGCUGUAUCUGGGCCUGGGCUGAUGUAAAGGCCUGGGCUGAAUACAUUAGAAAUAAAGGCCAGAGUGCCGCUGA